AAAGCAAAACUACUCGCAAGUGGCGGGCAAAUAGGACCUUUUUUCUCUCCUUUUUCUUUCACAUCUCUUUAGGCAUCCCGCAUCGACAGGGCACCGGGGGCUCCUGGGCGUGGACCUAAACCGUGAUACGCAGUGGAACGGGUACCCCCAACUCAUCGUCCAAGAGAAGGACGGUCAUUUUGUGGACCUGUCAGCGUCGACAGCUAGCUUCAAUUCAUUCCGUUACCUGCUGUCCACGCCUAAUUGUAGGAACAGUGGCGCGAGCGACGUUUUCACAAAAGCAGCCAAAAGCCAUCGUUGUUCCAUAGUCUUGGACGUUCUUAAAGGUCUUUGGGAUUGGAAGGAGGCGUUGGAGAUUGGAUCUCAUCCCUUGCGUGCCUUGCAGACAGCUAGAAGGUCGAUUGAUUAUCUGUCGCCCGGUUUGAACCAGGAGAAUGCUAUGACCGAGGUGGCCAUAAGCUGUAGUCGAAACGAACGCAUUAUUAUUUCCAAGCGUCGUACCUACAAGAACAUUGACUUGCGUUGACGCUGCACGAUGAGUUCCACUACUUCUCCGACGUCUCCUAUUCACGAAUCCGCAAUGACGCAUACGGCAGAGGCUAAGCGGGUAGUAGACACUGGCACACAAACCGAAGUUGAAUUGGAAGACGCAGAAUCCCAAGCAACGCUGAGUAUUACAAUACCGCAUUCUCAAUUAUCCUUUUUCCACAUUGAAGAAGCUGGUAAAGGGAGGAAAGAAAAGAAGCGGAUGUCUGCAAUAAUAGUGUCAUCGAGCGGGACAGAUGGAACUGUCACGGACGACGUUUCAGUACUGUCUAUCAGCCUGUCCAGCCGCUAUUCGGUCAGCUCGGUCAAAUCCAUAAAGUCGCCUGACAAACCUUUUGCUGCCAAGAACAGCAUUAUCAUAAGUGGUGCCGAGCAGAUGCAAGACAAGUCUAUCGCUAUUGACCUGCUUCCUUCAUCAAAGCUCACCGCCGUUACCGCGCCGUCCUCCUUACCCACGCGGACAAAGGACUCUGAGCUCUUCCCAAUUCCGGCUUACGAAGAAGUUGCUAAUAAUGCGAGUCCUGGUGCCGAGGAGAAAGCUCCCAGUUCAGUGAUUGCAAACGAUGUAUCGAUGGUGACCCGGCAGCCUAGCACAGCAACAUUGAAUGAUUCCAAUUAUCAGCCAGAAUCUCAAAUGAACAGUUCUUCCGUUCGCCAGUCCAUUACCGCUCUGCCCAAGCUACCACCUUUGAAUGUUCAUGAGAUAAUAGUUCAUCCUGAAGCAGCCAGUAUGCUCCGAACACUCUCUUUACAGUGGCCCGUUCUUAAAUGUGGCCUUCUUCUUCGAAAAGAGGUGCUUGCAUCAUCUUCGGCAUCGAUGCACCUUCGAAGUUUGGAUCGACCAUCAGCUGUCAGAAUGGUGGGCCGCUCCUUGGGGACGCUUUUGAAAGGGAAGCGCAGAACCAGAGGGCCUGGCGACUACGUCGAAUCGAGACCCGCUUACUCUACAGAAGAUGACGAAUGGAAUUUGUUUUACGCCGAAGUUAGGGGGCGGUAUUUGAUGUUCUACGUGUUGCAGGAGCCUCCCCGACAAAAUUCGUCGCCAGUGAAUCCUGGAACAGGAGCUCCCCCCCUGCCUGCGAAAUCGGCUGUUCCGGCAAAAGGGCCAUCUCAGGUGACCGCAGCUGGGCGCGAUGGACUUCUGCAUAAACCUUUUACGAAGCUUUUUAAUACGUUGGGGAAGAAAGCAAGAUCAGAUCCUGCGAGAAAGUCAUCCGCUGACUUGGCUGCGAAGCUCUUCCGCAACGAGAGGUCAUCUGUGGAUGAUGUGCGACGACCAUCCAAUGAACAGCAGAGGACCAUUCUGGCAAAUCUCACACCCGAUGCUCUCAAGGACGCACCGCGUACUCUAGUUCACUAUCUACCGCUUCACAAGGCUUUAGUGGAACCUGUGCCACAAGCAAGGACAGGGGCGAUGACCUCACCGGGCAACUCGUCCUCUUUUGUCAGUACGAGUUCAUGUCAUGUGAAUUCGCAUCUUGUCCUUAGCACCACCCCGGUUGAACGGCAUCACGAAGCGGGUCUGGCUGGCGCGAAAUGCGAUCAAGUUUUGCUGGAUAUCGUUCUGCACGAAGAUAUCCUACUAGAUCACAAUGAGCUCACUGUCUCUACCGUGAACUCCACGAUGCGUGAUACACACGCGCGUCGCCAAGAGAUUCAGGAAUGGAUGACAGCCAUCCGCACUGUCAGCGAUUUUCAACCACCGUCGUAUGACCCUGAAAGGGUAUCAUUGAGCCCAUCGCUUGUUGAGAAUGCUGAACCCGGAGAUAAACGACCGGAGAGCAUACACCAUGAGAAACGAGCUGGUCCGCUACCUGUUCAGAUGAUUUUCAAAGAAAAUAGCUCCAUAUCUAGUAUAAAGAGCUCUGAAAGUGCACAAUCGUUAAAAGAAAACUCCGGGAAUCAAAGAUCACCGUCUGUUGAAGAGCUCCCGGAACCGCUUGACUCAGUGGCCCGGGACGAGCGCCAAAAGGGACCGUCAAGCCCCGCAUCAUUCCCUUCAUCAGCCUUGCUGAAUAGUCCGCUGCCACCUACACUGACGGACUCUCUACCCGCUGCCGAACCAUUGAUUCUAAACACUGUAGCUGCGGAUGCGUCCGUUCGUGCCUCUCAUCCAAGCGUUCCUGCGCCUGGUAACAAGUCGUUUGCAAAGUUGAUCUCUAAUAAGUGGAAGAUGACGUUUGAAAAGGAGAAAGAACCCGCACGUGCAAAACCCGUAAUUUCGGGCCCGACCAACUUCACAAAGCUUGAGGUAUCGCCGGAAAUGCUUGUAAAGAACGCCGCCGCUAUCAGCGGGCCAAUUUCGGGAAGCCCGCCAUCCCGUUCUAAGCUGGAUAUGAAACCAUUGUCGGUGGCUGGCGAAAAGGAGUUGGUCCCUUCGUCCGAACCAUCAGUGAAUGACUCCGAUGCCAGGAGGAAAGAUGAUCGCCGAAAGGGUGAGAAGGCACCUCGAACCAACGUCCAUAAAAAGAAAAGUCAUAAGGGCGAGGAGAAAGAUCCAGGGUCUAAUGUGGUGGCCAGUAAGAAAGAUCGCGAAAAGGAGAGAAAACGGGAAGGAAAAGACAAAAGCAAAUUCCACAAGGCCUCUUCAAGCUCUUUUGUAAUAUCGGCCCCUAUUGCGGUUACUGCAAGCGAUUCGACUGGUGUACACCAGCAACAACCCCAGAAAAUACAUCCACCGGCUUCAGAUCUGGAUCAGCAGCCUAGCGUCUCCACGUCGAGACUAUUCUUCCCUUUUUUCAACAAAAGCCUCUUUACUCCGAAGGAGAAGGAAAGCCUCGCUGCCAUAUCCCCUGCGGCAGACAUCUUAAAGCGCACAGCUACUGUGUCUUCAAGGGCGUCAACAGUAAGACGGCGUGUUGGUAAGUCGCGGCCGCCGUCUUCUGGUACCAUGGCUAGCGAUCGCGGAACAAUCGGGAGCGCAGUACGUGAUGGGCAAGGGCGUGUGCCUCUGGAACUGAGGAAGUGCAUUGCGUUGGUUGAAGAUAUUGGAAUGGAAACCGAAGGACUUUAUCGGAUAUCUGGAAGCGCUGCCAGUGUUGAGCGGCUACGACGCCUAUUGAUGAUUAACCCAUCCAAUGUGUAUCUUCAAGCGCCGCCCACCACACUGCCGUUGUCUUCGCCUCUGUCUGCUAUGGUGACGGCUGAGAUUGUGGCCGCAGCUGAAAAGAUACCCAGUCUACCGCACAGAUCGUCAAGACUGUCACUUGCCGAAACCGUCUCCUCUGCGCGAUCUAGCGUUGAUUUCGGACCUUCUCUUUUUGAGAUGCGUCGCGCGUCUCGAGCACGUCGGCUAUCUACCUCUAGUAUCCCUCCAGGCAUAGCUGGAUUGUCUGGCCCAUCGUUGUACGACAAUGACAUACACGUUGUGACUGGGGUGAUCAAGGGCUUUUUGAGAGACGGCUUGGGAUCCAAGAAGUUACCAAUCUGCACCUUUGAUGCUUACGAAGAUUUCAUUUCGGCCACUCAGAUUGGCGACUGGCGAUCCCGAAUGAUUGCCAUACAAGACCUUGUCCAUUCCCUCCCAGCUAACCAUUUCGCGACUCUAAAGUUUAUAUGCGAGCAUUUGAACCGCGUUGCUUCCAAAUCCGAGAAGAAUCGCAUGUCUGUGCGUAACCUAUCCAUCAUUUUUGGACCGACCCUGUUACGACCUCCACCUGCACUUGACUCGAUGGCGCGAAUUAUCGAAGACAUGCCGUUUCAAUGCACCGUUGUUGAGACUCUGAUCGAACAGGUUGACUGGGUCUUUGGUCCAAUUGAGUAUGAAGAAGUGGAGGAAGUCGUGGAGUAUGGUGAUCUUGAGCAUUUGCAAGACUUGGUGGUUGCAGAUGAUGAGGAGGAUAUUACGAGCAACAUUGUGGUUGGUGGGACAGAGUCUAAUCAGAAUGAUGUUGCUUCUGAUUGUGGUGUAGUUGGGUCUGCGGAUGGGUCAACUGUAGGGGUUGACAAGGAAAUCCCGCAUACGGAAAAUGAACCGACAUCCCUACCAGAGGCCGCCGAUCUACCUAAUCAACAAGCAACGGACUUGCACCCGGAGGAGGGCGGGAAUACCACUGGCCACCCCGCGGUGCCUUCUGGAGGCCGACUUCGCCACACCAAAUCCAAACUCGACCGUCGUCGUGGUCAUAUUCUUCCAUCUAUGUACCUCAACGACCUCUGCGAGAACAUGCACGUUGAUACAUUGGGUUAUUACCCAGUCAACACCACCAGCGUAUCAUCCGGUGUGGACCCUUCGCCUCGUCGAGGAUCAGCAUCGUCAACCUCAACCCCUCUUCAGCGCUCACAGCACAGCCCGUCCUCCUCUUCUGCCUCAAGCACUCUUAAUUUGCCUCCUCUUCCCGCGCCCUCUCAAUCCGGCUCUGUUACGACUACCAUACCACCACCGACCCCGACGUCCCUCAUAAACACGACAAGAGUCUCUUCCUCAUCUGGGGACCAUGAGCCGCCGCGGUUGAGCUUGAAUUUGGAUAUUGAGGAACGGUCCUUCUUGGACAUUUGAUAUGGUGUAUAGUUAUUGUUCUUUUGCUUGUCUUUUUUCCCUUUUCUGUAUGUGUGCGUAGUCUAAGAUAGUGGAUAUGGGACGAGUAGUUUACAUGAUUGUUUAGCAGGGCUCGUAUCGUUUUCUUUUUUUUUCUUUACAUGCUUUUUUUGUUGGAACGUUUUUCGUAUAGGUUUGAUAUUGAAUUUUCAGCAUAGUAUGUUCUGUAGCAGUUUGAAGUGAAGACGACAUUUUUUUUCUGAUAAUAACAUUGUAUGGUUCCCAGUUAAAUGAGAGA